GGCUGGACUCCCUGAACAUCACUUCUAACUCGGGGCUCCAGUCACUGUGGAAAUGAGACUUGGGUUCAAGCAGAAAGGCCCUCAGGCAGUUGCUUGGAGUUGAGUCAGGCAUUCAUCAUCCAGGAGCAGGUCACAGUCUAGAAUAAUCCAGGGUUGCAGCAGAAUUUGUGCACUGGGAAGUUUUAUGAAAGCAGGGAGGAGACACUCAUGUGAGCUCAUUGUUCCUGAGGUGUUUGUUUGUUUGUUUGUUUGUUUUUCUUUUAAUGAUUGGAAGGUGUUAGGGGGUUAAACUUUUUAUGUAUUUUUUAUGUAUUAUAGUGUCUUGGUAGGUGCAGAGCUACCAAGUGAAGAAUAGGUUGUGCUGGUGGAUUUAAAACACAUUCUCGAGAUGCAGCUGUGAUUUUUUCAUCUUCUUGCCUGGAAAGGAAGUCAGAAGAGGAGGAGGAAGAGGAGGAAGAAAUGGCAGUUUUUCAGGAACUGCUGACAUUCAGGGAUGUGGCCAUAGAAUUCUCUGCAGAGGAGUGGGAGUGCCUGAGCCAGGCUCAGCGGGAUCUGUACAGGGACGUGAUGUUAGAGAACUACGGACACCUUGUCUUCUUGGAUCUCACUCUGUCUAAGUCAGACCUGGUCACAUUUUUGGAGCUGCAGGUGAAUCCAUGGGCUGAGAAUAGAAAGGAGAAGUUACCCAUAGCCGAAGAUAUAUCUUCAUAUGACACCCAAGAAUUUCUUCCAAAAUCAUCUAUAGAAAAUUCAUACCCAGAAGAACUUUGGAGAAGACAUGACUACCCUGGCACUGAAAACUUCCACUUGGUGAAAGACAUAAAAAGUGACAAGGAUUGUAAUGGGCAGGAAGAGUUAUUUUAUAAUGAAAAUACACAAACCGGGAUAACCCCCUAUAAUAACAUUACUAUAAAAAGAGACCCAGAUUACAGAGAAUCUUAUGAAAAUCCCCACUUGAAGUUAGUUACAUUUCCAGAGAACCAUUCUGAAUGGGAAAACUGUGGGAAAGUCUCUUAUCAAAUUUUAAAUCAUUUUAUACAGAAGAAAAUUCAUAUUGGAGAGAAGUCUUAUGACUACAGUGAAUAUGGUGAAGCUUGCAUUCAGCCUUCCAAACUUACUCACCAUGAAGGAAUCAGUUUAGAAAAGCAACAAUGCAGAUGUUACAUAUGUGGGAAAGGUUUUUAUAGAUCAGUAGAUCUGAAUGACAAAAUUAAUGAUGAAGAGAAACCAUACAAAUGUCAGAAUUGUGGUAAAACCUUUAGCCAGUUCUCAUACCUUACUCGACAUCAAAGAAUUCACACAGGAGAGAAACCAUACAAGUGUAAAGAUUGUGGGAGAGCCUUUAACAGACGCUUCAAUCUUACUCAACAUCAAAGAAUUCACACUGGAGAGAAGCCCUACAAGUGUAAGGAUUGUGGCAAAGCCUUCAUUCAGUGUUCUUCCCUUACUCAGCAUCAAAGAGUUCAUACUGGAGAGAAGCCUUACAAGUGUAAGGAUUGUGGUAAAACCUUUGCCCAAAGUUCAUCUCUCACUCAACACCAGAGAAUUCAUUACUGGAGAAAAGCUCUACAAAUGUAAAGGAGUAAUAAAAUCCCUAGGUGCUUUCCAAGCCUUAGUCACUGUUAGAGAAAUCUUACGGGAGAGUAAACAUUUUACGGGAGAGAAAACAUUCAAGGUAUAUGAUAUGAAAUCUAUUGCUGGAAAUCAAACCAUAGUAUCUGAGAACUAAUAUUGGAGAGAGAACAAAAAAAAAAAAAGCAAGAUUGGUAAAAGUUUUAGUGGGUGUUGAGGAUUUAUUCAACAAAUAGGGUAAAUGUAUACUUAAAAAUUUUAUUAACUUGAGAGGAAUAUAUUUCUAAUAAGUCUUGCAAAUAUUAAAAUACAUGAUGACAUUUUUGGUUAGUGUUCUAGUUGCCUAACUCAUCAUUAAAUAAUUCACACUUAGAGGCAACUCUACAUAUGUUAGAUAAAAAUCUUUAUCCAGUGCACAAACUUUACUUACAUCAGUGUUAAUAUAGUAGAGAAACUAAAAUGUAAAGACUGUUGCAAAGCCUUUAGGUGGACCUGAAACCUUAGACACCCUAUAAAUGUAACAAAAUAGAGAGGCAUUUGUUUGUAAUACAAGUUUUAGAAAACAGCAUAGUGCAUAGAAAUAAAGUUUAAUGACAAAAGUAAAUGUUCAAAAGUUAUUAAAAGUCAUUCUCUGUAAUGCAGUAGAAUUUGCAAUGGAAAGCAAUAAGUGUAUAACUUACUCUGCACUAAGUCAGUAUUCAUUACAGAGAAAAAUCUAUAGGUAAACUCUACGUUCUUUCUAUAUAUUGACCUGUUUUCGAAUUUAAACAUUUUUUUUCCACUUGAGGAAAUUCUGAUUUACAGGACUUGUCAUAGGUACAUUUUCAUAUUUCAGAGUAAAUGUAAAUUCCACACCUAUACCAUACGGGGAACCCCCAGCCUUCCUUCCCCAUUAUGUAGUCAUGGUCUUUUGAAAAAGACCAGUUUAUUAAUGUUUCUCCCUGUAUUUUUCCCUUGCUUAGUUUAUAAGUCCCACAUAUGGGUGAAAUCAUCUUAUUUUUGUCCUUUUCAUCCUGACUUACUUCACUUAAUGUGACCCCCUCCAGUUUUAUCCAUGUUGCAUCAAAAGAAAUUUCAUUGUUCCUUAUGUCUGAGUAAUAGGGUAGUAAUCCAUUGUAUAAAUAGAACACUACUUGCUUAACCAUUCAUUUGUUGGACACUUGUAUUGUCUUCAUAUUUUAACUAUUACUAAUAGUGCUGCAAUGAAUAUAGGCAUGCAUAAAAUUAUUUGGAUGGGCUUUUGUGGUUGUGUAUACACACAUGUAGGAAAAAGAAAUACCAGAUUGUAUGGUUGAGUCCUUUUUUUAAUAUUUUGAGAAAUUUUUAGACUGUUUCCCACAGGGGCAGGACCAGGCAAGUCCUUACCUACAUUUGUUUCCUUCCUUUUUUUGAGUAUGACUCCCUUUUGGGUAUAAUAUAGCAUCUCUCUCUCUCUCUCUUUUAAAUUACUCUGGCAAUCAAUAAUCUUGAGCAUUUUUUUUUCAUAUGCCAUUAGCCAUCUGAAUAUGUAAGUCUCGAUGCACCCUCUCCUAACUUUUAUUUGGUAGGGCAGAGAGAAAGUGAGAGGGAAGCAGGAGAUAGGGAGAAAGACAUCAGCAUUUCUUCACUGCUCAUGAAGCUUCCAUCCCUGCAUAUGGGCACUGGGGGUUUGAACCUGGGUCCUUGAAAAUGGUAAUACAUGCACCCUACUGCAUGUGCCACUCUUACUUUUUUUUAAAAUUUUCUUUACCAGAGCACUGCUUUGCUCUGGGUUACAGUAUUGCUGAGGAUUGAACCUGGGAGCUCAGAGCUGUGGGCAUGAAAAUUGUUUUGCAUAACUGUUAUGCUAUCUCCCUAUUUUUCAAUUGGAUCAUUUGUUUUUGUUGUUGCUGACUUCUGUGAGUUCUUUAUAUAUUUUGGUUGUCAGUCCUUUAUUACAUGGUGUAAAUAAAAUAUCUUCUCCCAUUCCA